UCUGUCUUUGAGCCUCUAUCUCUUCUGCUAAAUAGUUCCUGUCCGAAGUUUGUGCUCAGUCUCUGCUUCUUUGCAUUAGUUGCUCCUCUUUUUUUAAAAAUCCAGUUUCUUCUCCAGGAAUACAAGUGUGAUGCUUCAAUGUGACCGCGCGGACAGAGAGGUAGAAGAGGAUCGAUGACGGCUUAAAAAAAAUCACGCAUUUUCUAAAGGAGUAUGUUUUUUCAUUUUUCUUUCUCACCAUUCCGACUCGGAGAGAAACUUGGUGUCUUAUCGUAAUGUCGGACCGCAUCUUGAAAGACAAAAGUUAAUUUCUCCGUCUUCAUGAGGGAGAGGAGGCGUUUUGGAUUGAUUCUUUGUUCCUAUCAGGUUUAUGAGCUGCCCUGUUUUCCACCUCAGCUCAAUGUAAAACUUUUUUUCUCUCUCUGUCUCGCGGAUCUCAGCCUGGUGCUCUCUUGCUGCUCCUGCCACUGGAAAAACGAGGACUUUUCUCAGUAACUGGGUGUAAAUGGAUCGCCAGUUAAGUUUAAUUUCCAUCUGGCUACAACUGGAACUGUGUGCCAUGGCCGUUCUUCUGACUAAAGGAGAAAUAAGAUGUUAUUGUGACGCUCCGCACUGCGUGGCCACUGGAUACAUGUGCAAAUCGGAACUGAACGCCUGCUUCACCAAGGUCCUGGACCCGCUCAAUGUCAACUCCCCCCUCACCCACGGGUGUUUAGACCCCGUUGCCAAUGCUGCAGACAUCUGCAGCAGCAGCCAAAGGGCCACAGAUGCCCUGACAGGGGCCCUGGCGCUGGAGUGCUGCCAUGAUGACAUGUGCAACUACAGAGGCUUGCAUGACCUGACGCACACCAGGGACUCAGCAGAUAUCCGGUACCAGUCUGACAACAGCAACAGGAACCUGGUGACCCGGGUUCAGGAGCUGGCCUCGGCCAAGGAGGUGUGGUUCAGGGCAGCAGUGAUCGCUGUGCCCAUCGCGGGCGGCCUCAUCCUGGUGCUGCUCAUCAUGCUGGCGCUGCGGAUGCUGCGCAGCGAGAACAAGCGGCUGCAGGACCAGCGGCAGCAGAUGCUGUCGCGCCUCCACUACAGCUUCCACGGACACCACACCAAAAAGGGUCACGUGGCCAAGCUGGACCUGGAGUGCAUGGUCCCCGUGACGGGCCACGAGAACUGCUGCCUGACCUGCGACAAGAUGAGGCAGGCCGACCUGGGCAACGAUAAAAUCCUGUCUCUGGUCCACUGGGGGAUGUACAGUGGUCACGGCAAGCUAGAGUUUGUAUGACUUCCUGUGGAAAUAACCAGACUCAUCUCUUCGAAUACAGCCAGGACUGCCUUUUUUUAAAGCUUCAAACAGACAUUCCUGUUUUUCCUCCGUCAGUUUGUUUUUGCGGGGACGAUGCAGACUGAUCUCAUGCCAUGUGGUUUUUGCUAGAUGAGCACUUUACUUGAAACUAAAAAGGCAGAGCUGUAUUUAAACCUGAGCGGGCAGGACCGAGGUGGAGUCGGGAGUCUUGUUCCUGCUCCGGAGGAUCCUGGACUUCUCCACACUGAGCGCUGAAGGAUUCCAGAUUUGUCUAAUUUGCACAUUUGUGAAAAACAGAAAAAGAUGAGGAGAAUUUUACACUGACCAGGGUACAAAAAAAGACUUGAGGAGUAAAAAAAAUUCAGUGUUUGACUGUAGGUGUGCACACUCCUCCAUGUACGUUUCAUGAUUCAAGCUUAUUGUAAAGAUUCUAAAUUUAUCUAUAUAUUUUUGUUUGAUAAAACACUGUGUGUGUGUGGAUGUGUGUGUGUGUCAUUCUCUCUGUGAUCAGACUAAAAGCUUGAUUGAGUGUGAAAGAAAAAAAAACUUCCAUUAAAAGUGAUUUUUAUUUA